AUGGCAGCCCUGCAUUCAUUCCUCCUCCUCCUUCCAACUUUUCGUUUUCAGCCGCCCAAAUCCUUUGAUUUACACGACCCAUACACGCUUUCAUCUUCAUUAAACCCCCAACGAUUAAGAAAGACUUCUCUUUAGCUUCAACAAACUCUGCUUUGAUUUUAAUGGCGUUCCUGUUUGGCCUUGUGAUCGGAGUAGUUGUUGGCGUAGCUUUAAUAAUCGGGUUUGUCAAAUCUGAAAACUCCCGAUCCAAACGCCGUGCCGAACUCGCUGCUACUGUUGCGGCGUUUGCAAGAAUGACGGUGGAGGAUUCCAGAAAGAUUUUCACCCCGGACCAGUACCCUUCUUGGGUUGUCUUCUCUAAGCAGCAAAAGUUGAAGUGGCUCAACAGUCACCUUGUAAAGAUCUGGCCGUCUGUGAAUGAGGCAGCCUCAGAGUUGAUUAAGAUGAAUGUAGAGCCGGUUCUGGAAUCAUACCGACCUGUGGUUUUAGCCUCAUUGAAGUUUUCAAAGUUCACUCUUGGCACUGUUGCUCCACAAUUUACAGGAAUUUCUAUCGUCGAAGAUGGAAGUGAUGGUAUUACUAUGGAGUUAGAGAUGCAAUGGGAUGGAAAUCCUAAUAUAGUACUUGAUAUUAAGACUUACCUUGGUGUUGCACUACCAGUGCAGGUGAAAAACAUUGCUUUUACUGGGGUUUUCAGGCUGAUCUUCCGUCCACUUGUAGAAGAGCUUCCUUGCUUUGGAGCUGUAUGCGUAUCUUUAAGACAGAAGAAAAAGCUGGAUUUUACACUCAAAGUAGUUGGUGGUGAUUUGACGGCAAUACCUGGCAUUGCUGAUGCAAUUGAGGGUACAAUACGAGAUGCUAUUGAAGAUUCUAUCAUGUGGCCUGUUCGAAAAGUUAUUCCUAUAUUGCCUGGGGAUUACAGUGACCUUGAACUGAAGCCAGUUGGAAAGUUAGACGUGAAACUCGUUCAAGCAAAGGGGUUAACUAAUAAAGACCUCAUUGGGAAGUCUGAUCCUUAUGCUGUGUUAUAUGUACGCCCUGUACGAGAUAGAACUAAAAAAAGCAAGACAAUUAACAAUGAUUUGAACCCAGUCUGGAACGAGCAUUUUCAGUUCGUUGUUGAAGAUCCAUUAACACAACACUUGGUGGUAAAGAUCUAUGACGAUGAAGGUUUGCAAGCAAGCGAACUGAUUGGUCUUACCCAUGUACGAUUGAAUGAGCUUGAACCGGGAAAAGUGAAAGAUGUAUGGCUGCCGUUGGUGAAAGACUUGGAGAUUCAAAGAGACAAAAAAGAUAGGGGGAAGGUGAACUUGGAGCUGUUGUAUUGCCCUUCAGGCAUGGGUAAUGGGUUUACUAGCCCUUUUGCUGAGAAGUAUUCUAUGACUUCUUUAGAGAAAGUUCUUAAAAGUAGUAAUGAAUCGAAAGAAGCUGCUGAAAAUGGAGGCGAUACCAAAAAAAGGGAGGUAAUUGUACGAGGGGUGCUUUCUGUUACUGUGAUAUCUGCUGAUGACCUUCCCGCAGCAGAUCUACUCGGGAAAGCCGAUCCUUUUGUUGUGCUUACUUUGAGGAAGGCUGGUACAAAGAACAAAACAAGGGUUGUGAUGGAUAGUCUAAAUCCGGUCUGGAAUCAGACUUUUGACUUCGUGGUUGAGGAUGGGUUACAUGAUAUGCUAAUUCUUGAGGUCUGGGAUCACGACACAUUUGGGAAGGAUUAUAUGGGACGGUGCAUCAUAACUUUGACGAGGGUUAUAUUAGAAGGUGAAUAUAAAGUAACGCAUGAUUUAGAUGGUGCGAAAUCAGGGAAGCUCAACUUGAAUCUCAAGUGGACACCGCAACCUAUUUACAGGGACACCUAAGUGAAAAAGCGCAGAUCGUGUUUCUUUGAAAUGCGCACUCGGGUCUCAUCUCGGAUUUUGUAGAUACUUGCUCUAAUGCAUCGCCCGAAGCUCGAAGGUUCGCCAAUGUAACAUUUCGUGUAUAGAAUAUAGCUCCAUUAAUUCUGAGAGAGAGUUUUAUAGAGGCCUAGAGCUGCUAUACUGGUAUAGCCAAAGAGAAUAAGAGGGAACUUUGACAGGAUUAGGAAAAUCCAGUAUUUGACAUUCAUGUUCAUGUUUCUUGUGUUAUUUCACUUAUUGACUUUAGCCUUUUUUGGUUAAAUGGUGAAAGUUGAAUACAUUUUUUGCGAA